AUGUCCCAAUCUAUGCCCAUCCCCCAGCGAAAGCAACCAGUACGGAACGCUGCAGCUGCGAGCUGGAGCUCGUCCUCGACAGCUUCAUCUUAUUCAAAUCCGAAUACCAUGCCCGUGACGCCCUCGUUGGCAAAGGGCAAGUUCCCGGCCACCCCGCCGAGGCACGUCGACAGUAUCUCGCCUAGACGGCCGUCGCUGCUUGGUAUGUCAGUUUGGGGAUUAGCAGAGAGAGUGGUCGUGGAGGUCGUUCUUACACCCAGUCUAGGUUCAUCGUUGUCGAAGUCCGAGUACACCGUCAUGGACCUAGGUCAUGACGAUGGUCCACCACGACUGGUAACAUACGUCAAGUCCUCCCAAGGUUUCGAUUGGAACCAAGAGCUCUUCCUCCCCUCCUACGCCGACUACGAUUCCCAAGAACUCGAGACACGACAAGAUCCUGUCGAGGACAUCGUGUUGACUGAUGAGGAGGCUGCUGCUAUGUUACCGCAGUGA